GCGUACCGGGAUGCCGCCCGACGCUGGCACCCAGACAAGGGCGGCAGCGCCGCUGCUUUUGCUCGUGUUCAGGACGCUUGGGCAGUGCUGGGCGAUUCGCGCCGUCGCGCCACGUACGACGCUUGUGCGUACGACUACUUGCACCAGUACAUGCACCAGGAUCGCCAGAGGCUUCUGUGCGCGCAGACAGCACUGGAGGGUGCGUGGGGCAGCCAUCCGCUCCAUUGGCCACUGGUGGUGACCCGUGGGUCCAUGCUGGAGCGCCUGGGUCGGCGAGAGAUGGAGGCUAAACGCCUGGAGGACGACCGCAGAUUGACCACCUCCGACCCACACCACCGCACUGAGGCCCAGCUGCGGGAGCUGAGGUCCUUCAACGAGGCGGCGGCACUGGCGGCUGCAAGACACGACCACCAGGUCCGCUACGAUCCCGUCUUGGGCCGGCUGUACAUGUGGACACAGACGGAGCAUCACGUGGUGAUGGCCUGCUACCUGCCUAACGGGAGGCAUGACCGGGCGGUUCAGGUGGAGGUGCGGAGCGGCGUGCUGCGACUGGGACCCGCCGGCGGCCUGCCUGUGGUGCAUAGAGCCCUGGAAGGAGCCCUCGACCCGGAAGCGCCCUUGGAAGUUCACAGCAAGCCACGCAUGUCAGAUGACCGGCGGGGCGCACCGAUGGCGUGGGCCUGGGGCAACGGCGGAUGCGCUGGCGGCGGCGGCGGCAGCGUGGCCCCCUCUUCCUGGUGGCGCCGUCUCUUUGUGGGGGACAGCGACGGUGCUCGAUCUCUGCCGCCCCCUUACAAAUUGACCCAGCUGUCGGACGAGGUCGUGUUGGAGAUCGCGCUGCCGUGGUGGGUCCGAGCAGAGGACGUGACCGUUGAUGUGGAGCCUCGCAGAAUGGCUGUGGCGGUGCGCGGCGUGGGGCUGCACCUCGAACGGCACUACUGGUGGAACAGCACCGAGGCUGCGCGGCGGCCCGCCACUUACCAGCCCGUAGUCCCGGAGCUCAGCAGCUGGAGCCUAAGUGACGAGGGUGGUGGCGGGGCUCCGCCGCGGGCUGCUGUGGCACCGGCGCCGAGUGCAGCAGCGGCGGCGGCGUCCAGCAGUGCAAGCCCAGCGGUGUUGCAGGCGGCACGGGUGGUGGCGGCGCCGGCGGCAGCGGCGUGCCAUGAACCUGCCGCCCGUCGCCGCAUGGGGCGCUGCCUGACCGUCAGUUUGGCACUUCCCGAGCUGACGGAAGAGGAGAAGUCAUACAAGAAGGGCAUUCGGCAGGACAACCGUCAGGCGCUGCGCGGGACGUUGUACAGUGGCCCGCGGACACAGGCGCAGCAGGGCCGCGGCGUGCGAUUCUUUCAGGAGGAUGAGGACAGCUUCGGGCUAGAGCCUCUCUUGCAGGCGGCGAUGUUCGGUGUGCGGGGCGGGGCAUGGGUGGUGCCGCCGCCUUGGCGCCAUGAGGAGCCGGUGGCGGUAUCUCCUCCUGCCUCCUGCUAG